AUGAAACUGAUAAUCGUUUGUUCAUUGUUUAUAAUAUUAGCUCUACUUAAUUUAUCGACAGCAAGAACAAUUCGAGAGAUAAAUAACGAUGAUAAUGACGAUAGUGAAUUUUUGGAUGCUGCUGAUGAACCUCAAGGUAAUCUUUAUAGUCGUAGUCUCAGUGAUACUGCGUUUCAAAUACAUUCCAAAUCGCCAACAAUUAAACGGCGAACGAUUGAGGAUAAUGAUACGGUGCCAUUCAUCAAAAAUAUUCGAACUUGGGGUAGUAGCUGGGGACAUUUAGCAGAAAACGAUGAACAAAAUCGAGCAUGGAGUAAAACAAAAACGGUGGUUCAGAUAAUUCGAAAUUUUUUAAGAGCAAAAUACUGA